UCUGAUUGUUGAAAACAAAUUUUUAACCCUAAACAUGUCUGACCAUGGAUCCUCACAUACAUGCUGUUUUCGUUGCACCAAAUUCAUAUUAACUGCAGGCUUAACAGCUCUCUUUGUCUGGCUAAGUCUAAGAACCACAAAACCAUCCUGCUCCUUACAUAAUUUUUAUUUACCUGCCCUUAACCUAUCUGAUAAUUCCAACACCACAAGAUCCAAUCAUACUCUGUAUUUUCAGCUCAAUUUGAACAACAAGAUGAAGGACAAAGGUGUUCGUUACGACGAAAUUAUGUUACGCUUCUAUUAUGGUACAAAUACCAGUAUCCCUUUAGGUAAUAGCACAAUAAAUGGAUUUUACCAAGGGCAUGAUAAAAAAGCAAAGAAAAAAGGGAAACUGGAAAUUCAGAAAAUGGCUUGGGAUGCUGCUUUAAAGAAUGUUACAAAUACAUCAAAAGUGGUUUUUAGGGUGGAUGUGGCUACAAGAGUAAGUUACAAGAUUAUUUUUUGGUUUGGCAAGAAACAUAAUUUUACUGUGGAAAAUAGAACAUUGGAAGUGGAUAGUACAGGUAAAUCAAGUGCACAACAGCUUCAUUGCUAUCUUAUGGGUUUAGGUUUUCCCCUAAUUGUUUUGGUUAGCUUGAUUCUUUUGUUGUAAAU